AAAAACGUUAGAGCUGUAGGGGGUGCCGUCCGUCAGUGGGCGGGCUUGCUACAGUACCCCAGCGAGUGGACGGUACCAGACAACAACGUGCAGCCCAUCCCCCAGCUGCCAGUAUACGACGACGGCUUGCUGUGCCAACUUGAGCCCGAAAAAUGCCGGCACAUUGCAAGAACCAUCGACUCAAUCAAAAAGCACUGGCGCAAAGACCACAACGGCUGGUCGUUGGGAAAAAGGCAAGGACGCCCUAGCCGAACUCGGGCAGGGGCGUUGCAAGCCCAGAUGGAAGACGGCUGCAAGCGCGUACACUGCCAGCGACUUUUCGGCAGCCGGCACGGAUCACAGUACUUCGAGGUGCGUCACAACCCAGACAGCAGUCCGCAACCCGUCCCCACAGAGGGCGAGGCGGCGUGGGCGCGCGUAGGCGAGGAGAUGGCCAAGACGUGGGCCAACGUUGAGGACCGAGCGAAGACAACAAUCGAAGACGGGGAGAAGGACGAAGCGGCCCCAUGGCUGGAGCGGACUGGGUGGCUGCCGUACUUGAACAAACUGGAUCGUCCUGAGUUGCUGGCAAGCAUUGAGGAGCCCAACAUAGACCCAGAGAAAGAUGAGGAGCCCGUCGAGGCUGCGAUUUGGAGCGCGAUGGAUGGACUGGCCCGCGUGAGCCAGAUGUCCGUCAUCAAGCGGACAGGCAUAUUUGUGCGCAUGGAGGCCAUUCGUACGGAGAAGCAUCAGACCAGGUACACGCCGCUGCAGGCGUACAUGGACGACAAGUCGAUCAAAGAGCGAUCACGCCCGUGGAAGCAGAUACUGAUGUUUUUUGCACGGACGCAGAGGGAGCACCGUUGGAAGAGCCCCAAGUACCGCUUCACACAGCAGCAGCGCGAGGCGUGGGAGGCGUUGGUCGAGCAGGCAGAGAGAGAUGUUGGCGGGGCAGAGAUGGAGGUAGCGGACGAGGACCAGGACGGGGACGAGGAGGAAGAGGAGGAGGAGGACGAGAUGAUGAUCGAUGAACUCGACGACAAGCAGGACCCGUCCGAGUGCGACAACAAGCCCGAGAACGAGCUCGAGAACGAGCCCAAGCACGCAAAGCUGACGCUGAUCGAGAAAGCGUGCUUGAUGUUUUGCAUUGCGCUGCUUGACCAGCGCAUCCGCCGCAAGGAGUACGACUGCGCGUUGGUGUGUGCGUUGGCUGUGCUCGGCGUCAAAGAGGACGGCUGGAAGGACGCCGAGCUGUACCCGCCGAUAUUGUCGUCGGUGAUCAAAAUCACCCGUUUCAUGGUUGUACAACACGCACUCGAGCUGUCCGAGCCGUUUGAAGAGGAGGUGUUCGACAACAACAGCGCGUACGGGGGGAGCGACAGCAGCAGCAGUAACCCCAGGCUGCGUCGACCAAAAGGCUGCUUGGAGUUUGUGCAGCAGAUGAUGGACAGGUUCAUGGUACGAGGCAGCCACAGCCCAAUGCAGUGGAUGCUCGACUUGCGUACGUACGGGCUGAAGGUGCAUUUCAACACCACCGCGCGAGGGAACGUCGAGUGGAUGGGUAGGGACAAGCUGCUGUACAAGAACGUGCACUUCACCAUGGCCCAGUUCCGCAGCAUGGUGCACGGGAUGCAAGCAGAGAGCAAGCGGAUGCUGGUUGAGGAGCUGCUGUUUUGCAAUAGGCAGACGGCAGAUCAAGUCCCCCAGAUUCCGUGGGAGCAGCUGCGCGACAACCCAACCGACAAUCAACCUAGGUAGAACUUUUUAAAAGACCAGCGCACCUGCAUGCCUGUGGAUAGAGAGAGGUGGUUGUUCGAACAAGUAGGGCAAGACGCUACAAUGCAGGAGCGGUUCAUUAAGCCAGCUACCCGUUCCGGGAUCAACAGGAAUGAAGUAGAGUGGUACAUAGACCGUGUGGUUGCGUUCAGGGAGAAGCUGCUCGCGCUCAUGCACAUGACAGCAGGACAACCCGCACGGGCAACUGAGAUAUUGAGC